AUGAUAAGAGUGCCAUCGUCUCUCAACGAGAAGUUGCUCGCCCACAACGCUCUGAAGGUGUGCCUUCUGGCUGUGGCCUGCCUGGCCCUGCUGUGUGGCUGUGAGGCCUCCUACCCUCUGGCCGUCUCACACGGACACGGGUACUACCCGCACAGCUACAAGUACCCUGGGUACGGGUACCACACUGGCUACUCGUCCCAUUACGGCUACCCAGGCUGGGGCUACAAGGGGUACCCUGGAUGGGGAUACCACGGCUAUCCUGGAUAUGGUUACCAUGGUUACUAUGGCUACGAUAAACACUACGGCUACCCUGGAUACGGGUACGGCCAUGGUCACGGCCACUGGUGA